UAUCAAUUUGGGCAACUAGGUCUUUUCGCUAUCUAAUAUCCACUAUAAAACGAGGAGGCAACCGCUUCUCCCUUCACACAACAGAGAUAAUAAAAUUGGAUUUCGGGCAAAGCCAUUUGAAGACAUUCAAGAUGCAAAUCUUUGUGAAAACCCUUACUGGCAAGACAAUCACCCUUGAGGUGGAAAGCUCCGACACCAUUGACAAUGUCAAAGCAAAGAUCCAGGACAAAGAGGGAAUUCCCCCAGACCAGCAGAGGCUUAUCUUUGCUGGUAAGCAACUCGAGGACGGGCGUACACUUGCAGACUACAAUAUCCAAAAGGAAUCCACACUCCAUUUGGUGCUGCGAUUGAGGGGUGGUAUGCAGAUAUUUGUCAAGACUCUCACUGGCAAGACUAUCACUUUGGAAGUUGAGAGUUCGGAUACCAUCGAUAAUGUCAAGGCCAAAAUACAAGACAAGGAGGGUAUUCCACCAGAUCAGCAAAGAUUGAUUUUUGCUGGGAAACAGCUAGAGGAUGGUCGCACACUUGCUGACUAUAAUAUUCAGAAAGAGUCUACGCUUCACUUGGUGCUCCGACUCCGUGGUGGUAUGCAAAUCUUUGUGAAAACCUUAACUGGCAAGACCAUCACCUUGGAGGUUGAGAGCUCUGACACCAUUGACAAUGUGAAAGCCAAGAUCCAAGACAAGGAGGGUAUUCCCCCAGACCAGCAGAGGCUUAUCUUUGCUGGUAAGCAGCUCGAGGAUGGGCGCACCCUUGCUGACUACAACAUUCAGAAGGAGUCCACCUUGCAUUUGGUGCUUCGUCUCCGUGGUGGCAUGCAGAUUUUUGUGAAGACCCUUACUGGAAAGACAAUCACCUUGGAGGUAGAGAGCUCUGACACAAUUGAUAAUGUCAAGGCCAAGAUCCAAGAUAAGGAGGGGAUCCCACCAGACCAGCAGAGGUUGAUCUUUGCUGGGAAGCAGCUUGAAGAUGGAAGGACUCUUGCAGAUUAUAAUAUUCAGAAAGAAUCUACUCUGCAUUUGGUGCUUCGUCUGCGUGGUGGAAUGCAGAUUUUUGUCAAAACCCUGACAGGGAAAACCAUUACCCUCGAGGUUGAGAGCUCUGACACAAUUGACAAUGUGAAGGCUAAAAUCCAGGACAAGGAGGGUAUUCCCCCGGACCAACAACGAUUGAUUUUUGCUGGUAAACAACUUGAAGAUGGACGAACCCUUGCAGACUAUAAUAUCCAGAAAGAGUCCACUCUUCACCUUGUCCUCCGACUCCGUGGUGGUUUCUAAUCUGUUUGCUGUUUGGUUUAUAAGCAGUUACUUAUAUCUAUAAUAUCUUGGGUGAUUGUUUAUUUAAAUUUGUUGAUGUCUGUGUGCGUCCAAUGGUCGUAAAUGAGUGGCCAUGAAUAAGCUGAACUUCUUUUAUUCUCUUGUUGUGUCCAAGUUUCAUCACUCUAGAUGUCAGUGUUUGAAAUUGCUGUGAUGGGUUCAUCCUGUCGCAGCUUUUACUCUAUUAUUAUAAUAUAUGGACAAUAAAGUUAAUAUCUAUUAAAUA